AUGUCGUCGUUCGAUCCUAAUCUCUUGCCAUACUUCAACCCGAGUGUGGAGCGUCGGGUGUGUCUCAUCACAGGAGGAAACAGCGGGUUGGGCUACUACACGGUAUUGCACCUCUACUUGCAUGGGUACGUGGUGUAUCUUGCCGGGCGCAGCCAGCAGCGUGUGCAGAACGCCAUUGAGUUGCUCAAGAAGGAGGCGGCGGCCCGUCGGACGAAGUACACACACGCACAGCUGGGGAAGCGGUUUCUGGGCAGUUUGCACCUUUUGCAGAUCGACCUCUUGUCGCUAGACUCUGUCGAGCAGGCGGCGAAGGAGUUCAGGCAGAAGGAAAAGUGCUUGCACCUUCUUGUGCUCAACGCAGGGAUCAUGGCGGUGCCGUAUGGCACUACGGUGGACCGGUUCGAGGUGCAGCUCCAGACGAGCUACGUGUCCCACUUUCUCUUGACGGACCGGUUGCUCGGGCUGAUGACCUCUGUGGAGAGCGACGAGCAAGACCCCCGGAUCAUCUUCGUCUCCUCGGUCGGCCACUGGUUUGCGCCGUUCCACUUCUCCCUCGACUACCAGUUCGACUACUUCCCAAACAUCAUCUUCACCUUGUUUCGCUACGGCAUGGCCAAGUGCGCCGGGAUCCACUUCGUCAAGAGCCUGGCCCGCCGCCACCCCUCCGUGCUCGCCGUCGCCGUGCACCCGGGCAUCGUCUUGAACACCAACCUCUUCAGCCACUUGACCCACCUCCCGCUCAUCGGCACGCUCUUCUGGGUCUUCUUCCAGAUCUUCGACUGGCUUCUCGGCGUGAGCAACGAGGAGGGCUCCUACGCGUCCGUGCGCUGCGCCUUGAGCGACGGCGUCGACCGCCCGGCCGACAACGGCAAGUACUACACCACCUUCGGCCUCGAGAUGACCCCGAGCCCCGUCGCCAACAACACCGUCUACGCCGACGAGACCUGGGCCUGGACUGUUCGCCAGCUUGAUGACCGCGGACACACCAUCGAGACCCUCUGA